AAACAAGAAGCGAGGGGGAAGGCUGACUUCAUACUACGGAAGCAAAACAAUACGAGGCAGCUGGAGCUUAAAAGUUUAAGGAUUUGCUGGUAUAUCCUGAUCUUCCCGCCAGAAGGAUGCAGACAGCCCCUAUUCGAAUCCCAACUGGUUCUUGGGAUAUAUCCGACUUGGAAGUGCACAGGCAGGAAGAAAAUAGUCACAGUGGUAGUAUCCUUACUGAAAGAUCCAGUCAAGGCAACAUAUCAACACGAAGUCUUCAAGAAGCACUCCAGAAUACGUGGGCACAUGGACCCACCCCAGAGGAGAAACUUCUGAUAGCUCAAGCUAUGGCUGAAGAGUUUAUUCAAAAUAAAGAGGUCCCAAGAGCCAUGAAUGAGCUGAUACGAUGUGUAGCUUUGUCCAGGCUAGUGUAUGGGGAUGGACACUGGCGGCUUGCUGAGUCAAUUGCUAAUGUUGCUCAUGGAUACUUGAAACUUCAGGGACUUCCUGCCCAGGCACUGCAGCAUGCCGAGUCAGCCAGAGAUAUUAUGCUAGGUGGAGUAGAUUUCCCAGGUCCUGAAAUGGAAAAGAAAGAACUGCUGAACACAUUAAUAACCACGUACUACAGUCUGGGGAUGGCUCACCUCAUCCAGAAAAAUGUGCAGGAAGCUCAUCGUAAUCUGCAGAAAACUGAGAAGAUCAUGGAGGAGUUGCAGCGACUGAACAGAACUGAGGAUAGGUCACAACGAGUCUCAGAAAAAGAUCUAGCAGAGGCUCUGGGCAGGGUUUCCAUUUUACAGAACAAACCAGCCUCGGCUGUAGUGUUCUUUGAAAAAGCUGCUGCUCAUGUGAAUGCCAAUCAAGGGCAGGACAGCCCAGAACUAAUUAAGAUUUACCAGGAAAUGGCAAAAGCUGAGCAGAUGAGAGUCCGACAUGAAGAGGCCAUAGAGCACCUACUUCAGGCUUACUCAAUGGCUGUAGCCCUUUUCAAGAAGGACAGUACUGAAGCAGCUCAAGCAGCAUUAGUGCUGGCAACUGGCUAUGUUGCCGCUGGAAAAAAAGAAUACAAUAAGGCUGCAGAACAGUAUUUUAAUGAAAGUAUAAGUACAUAUCAGUCGGUGCUGGGUCCAGAAAAUCCACAAACUAUGUAUUCGGUGGAUGGUUACAGUAACUGGCUGAUUCAAACAGGAAGGCAGGAGGAGUCUUAUGAACUAUUAAGAAGUACAUUACAGUCCAGGAAAGAAGCUUUUGGUGACUACAGUGAUUCCAUGGCUGAAACCUAUAGUGUCAUGGGCAGCAUUGCACUUGCAGGAGGGGAAGUAAAAAAAGCAUACAAACUCCUCAGAAAGUGUCUAGAAAUUCAGAUGGUAUUGUGUGGGAGUCAGCACAAAAAAACAAGACGGACUCAACAAAUGCUGGACAUGUUACAAAAGUCUCCAGCUGUAAGCACAAACAACAGAGCAACAUACAAUCAGAAUUGAACAAGGACCCAUAAUGAUCACUGGAAAUGGCAGAUUAUUUUUUAAAAACUUUUCAGAUUCACCAAUCCCACAUAUAUAUAUAAGAAAAGAAAAUGUUGUUGAUUAUCAAACUUAAUAGCUGUCAUUACUAUGUAUGUGGAUACAAGUGCAUUAAGGACAUGUUUAGAGAACUGUAUCGAUUUGAAAUGACCAUUGUGUCAGAGCUACAACCCUUCAAGGGUGUAACCAAUACCUAUGAAGAGAAACUUGGAGGAGGGACCCAGCCUGGACAUGGCCAUUAGUGGUGGAUGAAGCGUGAUGAGGCAAACUAGCCCCAACCGAAUCUCCACCCUUGCCCAUGGAGCGCACAAGACAGUGUUGCAGUCUGUAGAUCCUCAGCCAAGGCUGGCAGCAUUACAUCCAGCAUGUGUUUUUGUGGAAUUCUCACAUGUAAAAGCGGAAGUGUGCCUAGACUGUUUCAGCAUCUGUUGUUUAUGACUGUGAAAUGUGUUUUAUAUAAUACUAUAACCAAAUUGUUUUCUGAAAAGGGUUUCAAAUGGUGUCAGCGUUUUUUUCAUUAAAAAUCAGCGUGAAAAGCACAGACAUUUUUUUUCCAGAUGUCCCUCAGUAAGCAGCAGACUUUACUUUAGACGUGUAAAAGUGGUCAGAGCCUGCAGUGUUCCCUUUGUAUCUGGAAAGCUAAUGUAAAAAAUAUAUCUCACUCUAGCUGUUUGAAAACCCCCAAGACAAUGCCUCAACUGAUCCUGAAGUGAGACCAUCCUGCAGGACCAUUCUGUGAAAAUAGAAACUAACUGCAAAAUUCUUAAUGUUUUAAUUGGACAUUUUCUUUCAAAAAAUGUUUUACAACUAAUUUCUAAGCCAGUUCUUUAUAUAUUCCCUUCCUGCUCCUGGUUAUUACCCCAUCUGACUCCAAAGAUUAACAUGGCAUGUAAUGUGCAGCACAGAAUGCGGAAGGCUGCGGUGCCAUACAUUAUAUGCUUAAAUUAAUUGACUGAAACAGUGAGUAGAGGGGACCAGAGCUAGCUGAGACAGGGUUUUAGAAGAUGAUGAAGUUUCAUUUCAUCAUUCAUUUUCUACAGUUGCCCUAUCAAACAUUUCUUACUUUAAACAUCUCUGAGCCAAGGGAUGAAUUUAAAGGUCAAAUAUUGCUGAAUCUAGAGAUGUGACAGUUUUUCAUUAAAAGGGUUCUGCUUCUGUUUUUCAUAUUGUUCAAAUUACCCUGUCUUGCUGGUCUUGUAUUUUUUUUUU